AUGAUGGAAAAAACAAACAAAGCGAAACAAGCCGGAAAGUUUUCAAUACCUGUAAGUGAUAGUUUCAAACUUACUGUCUAUACAGUCUGGAAAAAACUGAAUCCAAAAAGGGAAAAAACAGAAGAAAGAGGUUUUUCUUGUUUGAAAAAAGUUAUUCCUACUGACCAGUUGCUUUUUAUUUCAAUUCCAAAGUAACUUUCUGUAUUUUCAUCUGGCGCCGGGCUGGAGAUCACUUAUCUCUGCAGAGCGCGUUCAAUUUGAAGUAUCCCGAUAGUAAUAGUAUUCUCAUUUCAGAAUUUUCAGGCGCUAAUUGUUUUCUUGAUACCUAUCGUAGCUGUUAGUUUCCUUGCCAAACUACCGGUUAAACCAGAAGCAUCUUUAUUACGAGAUAGACAGUGUUUUCAAACAUGCAAGUGAGUACAUUAUCCAAGGAACAGAAAACAACUCAAAUACCAGAUUACGGAUAGUUGAAACAAUACCAGCCAAUAUUUCGUUUGGAGACAGCGUAUUGCCGCUUUCAACAUUUUCUGCGUGGAAAUCAUUGAUAGGUUCUGCUCAAAACGAGUUACUCGUAGCCGCUUACAAGUCAAGCCUCCAAGGUAAACAUGUACUCGGCGAUUCAGCUAAGUACUAUUCUACAGAGGUGAGACAUUCUUAAAGAUGCCAGAUAUAACAAUCUGGUAAAAUAGUUAGUUUUUACAUCUAUUUAAAUUGUUUUUUUUUCAGGGAGAUAAUAUUUAUAGAGCACUGAAGUCAGUGGGAUCUUCCAGAAAUGUCAACGUGAAAAUGGUGGAGAACUACCCACCGAAAGACAAAGGAGAUAAUGCUGAUGGAGUAAUUCUAGAAAAUCAUGGAGUACUCUCUCGAAAAUCAAUUGAUAUCAGCGAUUACAUGGGGAGAGGAAAAAUGCAUUCAAAGUUCUUGGUUGCUGAUAGGAAAUCAUUUUAUCUCGGAUCAGCGAAUCUAGAUUGGAGAUCACUAAAUCAAAAAAUGGAGCUUGGAGUUCUAGUUGAAGAUUGUGAAUGUCUUGGUGAAGAAAUGCAUCAUAUAUUCAAUGUUUUGUGGGACUUGAAAACCCGCGGAAUGAAAAAUAACAAUUAUCUUCAAAAAAAAGCUGCAUACAACAAAGAUAGUCCUCUAACAAUCAGCAUUAGCGGAGAGCCAGCUCAAGUGUACAUUGCAGUAAGCUUAACUUUAUAACCGUCCACGGCGAACAUUUGUGAACAUGUUAAACCGCAUUUUUAUCGCUAUGUAUCAAAAAAUAAACUCGAAAGCAGAGUACUGAGUUGGUACGCAGCGACAAAAAAACUGACGAGGGAAAUUCGUACCAUGUUUUAAAAUGUUCGUCGUGCCGUUCAAAUUCAGAUUUUUCUUUUCUAGACUUCCCCUCGAGAACUAAACAAUCCUCGAAGAACAUGGGAUCUGGAUGCCAUUGUUUCUGAAAUUGAUGCCGCCAAAGUUUUUAUUGAUAUUCACGUUAUGGACUAUUUCCCUCUCUUUAUAUAUCGCAACCCAAGAAUUCACUUUGCGAAUAUAGAUGAUGCAAUCCGCCGUGCCGUUGUUCGUGGAGUUCGAAUUAGACUUCUGGCAGCUGCUCUUCAUUAUCCUGAUAUUGGAACACGAUUCCUGCGAUCUCUAGAGUCGCUCAACGGGUUUCAGGACAAUGGAACUAUGCAAGUGGUACUAAACAACCUUAAAUUGUUCUAAAUGUAACUCAUUCUCAGAAAAUUUUCAAAGUGCCACGAGCCAAUAUUGAGAGCAUUGUUAUUAACCGAGAAAGGAGAACCCACAAUAAGUUUAUGGUGACAGAAUCCGCAGGAAUAAUCGGUACUUCCAACUGGUCGGGUGACUAUUUUUUGGGUGGAACAACAGGAGUUGCUAUUGUUAUCAAACAAACAUCCGAGAAACGUCCAUUUCUAGAUGAACUCAAGGUUUUUUUAAAAUCAAAAUCAUCUGAACAAAUUGGUUUAUAGGAUAUUUUCACCCGUGACUGGGAAAGUGAAUACGCACAUCCUCUAGAUGAAUAUUUCUCAAAGUGUGUCACAAGUAAUACUGCUGAUUUCUGUGAAGAUAAAAAAGAUCCCAGACUAUUCGCCAGCUCGAAGUAA